GGUUCGAAGAAGGUACUCAUGGAUACCCAAGGAGCUGAUCGCACGAUUUGUUCGCCAUUGCCCUUUCUGUAUAGCUCGAAGAAAUGGUAACCAACAGAGCUCUCUUCCCUUUGACACUUACUAUGAUUCAGGCUCUCCAACAUACCAGAGUAUGCAUGCUCUGACAAAAGAGCAACCAAAGUGUAUAAUGAACGCACAUGAGCUCUACGCACAAAAGAAUAACUUUCCAUACUCUAAUGAUGUGGCAUUUUUGGCGCAUGCUGAAAAAGAUCAAAGACGCUGUUCUCUAAAAGAUCAAUCACCCAUCUCAGUAGACGCGCCCUGGCAACAUCAAGAUUACUAUAACUUAUGCCAUUACGAAGGUAGCACAAGCAAUCCUCCUGUAAAUGCUCCCAGCUCUCCUACAGCAGUCGAAGCUACUACUACUGCGUUGUUUAAUGAUAAUGAUAAUGGUGGAUACUAUUCACAUGACAAUGCUGCCGGCCCGAGUUUUUCAUACAUGACGUACUCACAUCAGGCACCUUCUUCCGUGGAGCCUUUGCCUGCUGCUGCAAUGCAAACAGUUAUACCAGCAUACUACAUGCAUGGAAACGGAUUAAAACAAAAUUCCGGCUAUUCUUUAACAGAUAACAGUACCAACUUUAUGUAUGCCGCACACCCUUCUGCCCGUAACGAUAAUUAUGAUGUCUAUUAUCACGUUAAUCCUUCCUCAGGUAUAAACAAUACAUUAUUUAUAUUGCCUUGACACUGUCUAAAUUCAUGAAUUAAAUCAAUAGAAAGAUCAAGCAACGAGAUGAGACAAACAACACCUUCACCUUCCAUGUCACCCUCAUCAUCAUCCAGUUCAUCGGCCUCCUCUCCUGAGCAAUUCGAAUAUGUUGAAAACUGUAUUCAGUCUAGACGUCAAUAUAUAACACCAUACCCAGCUACAGCGCCAAUAGCACUCAAUAUUUUAUCCCAUCAGCAAUCAUUAUUAUUAUAAUAUGCUCCUAUGACUAUCUUUUUUUUU